AACAGCAAAAGUGCACCAUGCCUCAGUACGCUUCCCUCCCUCUUCUUCAUCUUCCUCCUCCAAUCCCUCCUCCUCACCGGCGGCCGGCGAUUUAAAAACUUCUCUCUCAGCUUUGGAAGUCAUUGUGGAUUUCAUUCUGUCAAUCAGGUCAGGUCACCAGGAGCAACAUGACAACAUACACAGACAAAGGAGAAAAGCAUGAGAAGGGCAGGCUCCUCUGCUUCGAUCACCUAACAUUCUGGGUUGGAAAUGCAAAACAAUCUGCAUCGUUUUACUGCAACAAGAUGGGAUUUGAGCCUUUGGCUUACCAGGGUUUGGAGACAGGCUGCCGCGACGUGGUGUCCCAUGCAGUGAAACAAGGCAAGAUCAUUUAUGUGUUCUCAUCUGCCCUGAAUCCUGACAACAAAGAGAUGGGAGAUCAUUUGGUCAAGCAUGGGGAUGGAGUGAAGGAUAUCGCAUUUACAGUGGAGGACUGUGACCUCCUUGUGCAGAAAGCCCGUGAGAGAGGUGCACUUAUUGUAAAGGAGGCUCACACUGUGGAGGACAAAUAUGGAAAAGUCCGACUGGCUGUGCUUCAGACGUAUGGUGACACCACACACACGUUUGUGGAGAGGACAGGAUACAAUGGGCUGUUCCUGCCAGGAUUCCUCCCCCCUCUGUUCAAGGACCCUUCAUUAGCCAAACUUCCCAGUGGAAAACUGAACUUCAUCGAUCACGUGGUGGGAAACCAGCCAGACGACGAGAUGGUUCCAGUGGUGGAAUGGUACCAGAGGAACCUUCUCUUUCACCGCUUCUGGUCAGUGGAUGACAAACAGCUUCAGACAGAGUUCAGUGCCUUGCGAUCCAUCGUGGUGGCAAACUAUGAGGAGACUGUGAAGAUGCCCAUCAACGAGCCAGCUAUCGGGAAGAGAAAAUCUCAAAUUCAGGAGUAUGUGGAGUACUAUGGAGGUCCAGGAGUGCAGCAUAUAGCCAUGAACACAUCAGAUAUCAUCCCUGCAAUCCGUAACCUGAAGGAGCGUGGGAUGGAGUUCAUGUCGAUACCGGACACCUACUACGAGCAGCUGAGGGCGAAUCUGAAAAACUCAAAGCUACAAAUCACAGAGGACCUGGACGUCCUGCAGGAUCUGCAGAUCUUGGUAGACUACGACGAGAACGGUUAUUUACUUCAAAUCUUCACCAAGCCAGUUCAGGAUCGCCCCACUGUGUUCUUGGAAGUCAUUCAGAGACACAACCACCAGGGCUUCGGAGCAGGAAACUUCAAAUCUCUUUUUGAAGCUAUUGAAGCCGACCAGCAAGCCAGAGGAAACCUGACGAUCCUGACACCGAAUGGAGUUACAAAGAACAUGUGAACCUCGUGUUAGUCUCAAUAACUAUGUAUUAAAUAUGAAAAGACACUUUCCUUGGAGGGUCCUUGUUACCAGAUAUUAUUGUGACUUGCUUGUUUUAUUAUUCAAAUCUUUAUUUCAUGUUACCUCAUCAGUAAGAAGAGAACAUCAACACUAAACAUUCGUAAAGAAAUGCUUUCUUAUUAUAAAAUAUUAACACCACCAACAUUUUUUGAUACAAGCUUGACUCAAGCAAAUCACAGUUGAAGCUCUCAUGAACGAAAACAUUUAACAAUACAUUCAUGUUAUCAUUAGGACAACGAGGUCAAUAGAUAUUUCAUUGUAGCAGAGGCCUUCAGUGUGCUGUUGCACACACCUGCAAUGUGUGAACAAUUAUGUUCAUGAACUUAAUAAACAAAUACAACCAAAUGUAGUGUUCUAUAAUGAAAAAAUGUGAAAUUAUAAUUAACCAAGCUGCAGUGCUUUUCUAAAUUAUCGACUGUACUGUCUGAAUAGUAAUAAAAUGGCUUUUUGACACAUA